AUGUGUAGAGUUGCAGUUCUCGUGUUCGGCCUGCUGGUUGCGCUGCUGGGCAGUGUUCAGGCUACAGAUGGACACCCGAUCUACGGCGUGAAGCUCUGCGGGAGAGAGUUCAUCCGGGCGGUGAUCUUCACUUGCGGAGGCUCGCGCUGGAGGAGAUCUCUGGAUGAUUCUGGUGAUCUGUCCAGUGAUCUGCUCUCCGCUCAUGAUGACGAGGCCUCUGAAAGCUCGGCCUUAAACUCCAUCAUCCCUGGACUGUCAUACAGACCCCAUCCCGACUCAGAGGCCCCUGUCUGGGCAGCAGAGGCUCCGGAGGACUCCGUGUUCAGCCGUCCUGCUCGAUCGCUCAUCUCAGACGAAGUGCUGGAGGCCCUGCGCACGUCAGACAGGAAAGGCCGCGAUGUGGUGGUCGGCCUGUCCAACGCCUGCUGUAAAUGGGGCUGCAGCAAGAGCGAGAUCAGCUCAUUAUGUUAA